AUGUCUGAACUUGCUGCCCAGAGAGCAGGCUGCGUGGGAUAUAUGAGAUAUGAGAUUGUCAACUUCAAUUGUCGGAAGCUGGUUGCUACAAUGCCUCUUUUUGCUAAUGCAGACCCAAAUUUUGUGACUGCCAUGCUAAGCAAACUGCGAUUUGAGGUGUUCCAACCGGGCGAUUAUAUUAUCCGAGAAGGAGCUGUGGGUAAAAAGAUGUAUUUCAUUCAGCAUGGUGUUGCUGGUGUCAUCACCAAAUCCAACAAGGAGCUGAAGCUGACAGAUGGCUCUUACUUUGGGGAGAUUUGCCUUUUGACCAAGGGCCGUCGAACUGCCAGUGUGCGAGCAGACACGUACUGUCGCCUGUAUUCCCUCUCGGUGGACAACUUCAAUGAGGUUCUGGAAGAGUACCCCAUGAUGAGAAGGGCCUUUGAAACGGUGGCAAUUGAUAGACUUGACAGGAUAGGGAAGAAGAACUCGAUCCUCCUGCAGAAGUUCCAGAAGGACCUCAACACCGGGGUUUUCAAUAACCAGGAGAACGAGAUCUUGAAGCAGAUUGUGAAGCACGACAGAGAGAUGGUGCAGACCAUCGCCCCAGUGAGCUUGCAGCAGAUGCCCAUGCUGAACUCCAGCACCUCCACUGCCACCUCAUCAUCACACAUCAGGACGCAAUCCCCUCCCGUAUACACCGUGAGCAGCCUUUCUCAUGGAAACCUGCACUCCACCUCGCCCAGCACACAGACACCCCAGCAAGCCAUCAUCCUCUCGCCCUGCUCCUACACCACCGCCAUCUGCAGCCCACCUGUACAGAGCCCUCUGGCCAGCCGAACUUUCCAGUACGUCUCGCCCACCGCCUCACAGCUCUCCCUCAUGCAGCAGCAGCCGCAGGCACCCCAGCAGCCGCCUAGUGCCGCACAGAAGAACGAGAUCCACAACACCAACCUGACCCAGGAGGUGCGGCCCCUCUCCGCCUCUCAGCCUUCCCUGCCCCACGAGAUCUCCACCCUGAUCACCAGGCCUCACCCCACCAUGGGGGAGUCCCUCGCCUCCCUCCCACAGCCCACUCCCAGCCCCAGCAUGCCCCCGGCCAGCUGGGCCACCAUCCCCCAGCGUGUCUCACUCUUCCGACAGAUGUCCUCAGGAGCCAUCCCCCCAGACCGGGGGGCCACGCCACCCACAGCCCCUCUGCAAAGGGAUUCUUCCACAGUCUUAAGCACAGAGCCCGAGGGAGACAAACUGCGGUUCGCAUCAAAUUUAUGA